AUGUGGGUUAACCCAGAGGAGGUCUUGUUGGCCAGUGCGCUAUGGAUGACCGAACGAGCGAAUCCUUACUUUAUCCUACAGAAAAGGAAGGGACAUGGCGAUGGCGGCGGAGGUCUCGCGGGACUGCUGGUUGGAACCCUUGACGUUGUGCUGGACUCCAGUGCUCGAGUAGCCCCAUACAGAAUCCUGUACCAGACGCCAGACUCCCUGGUCUACUGGACCAUCGCUCACGGGGGUUCUCGUAAGGAGAUCACUGAACACUGGGAAUGGUUGGAACAGAACCUGCUCCAGACCCUGUCUAUUUUUGAGAAUGAGAAUGACAUCACCACUUUUGUCAAGGGCAAGAUUCAGGGCAUCAUUGCAGAAUACAACAAGAACCAGGACAUAAAGGAGGAUGAUGACACGGAUAAGUUCAAGGAAGCGAUCGCUAAGUUCCGGAAGCUCUUUGGAAUGCCAGAAGAAGAGAAACUGGUUAACUACUAUUCCUGCAGCUACUGGAAAGGCCGAGUGCCGCGGCAGGGCUGGCUUUACCUGAGUAUCAACCACCUGUGUUUCUACUCCUACCUACUGGGCAAAGAAGCCAAGCUGCUGAUCCGUUGGGCUGACAUCACACAGCUGGAGAAGAAUGCUACAUUGCUGCUGCCGGACAUGGUGCGUGUCAGCACACGCUGCAGUGAACAUGUCUUCUCUGUCUUCCUUAACAUCAACGAGACCUUCAAGCUGAUGGAGCAGCUGGCUAACAUUGCUAUGAGACAGCUGCUGGACAACAAAGGCUUUGAGCAGGACCGCUCGCUCCCCAAACUCAAGAAGAAAUCCCCCAAGAAAGUGUCAGCACUCAAGAGAGACUUGGACGCUCGGGCCAAAAGUGAGCGAUACCGUGCACUUUUCCGUCUUCCCAAAGACGAGAAGCUGGACGGCCACACUGACUGCACGCUGUGGACACCUUUCAACAAGAUGCACAUCCUGGGGCAGAUGUUCGUUUCCACCAAUUACAUCUGCUUCACCAGUAAAGAGGAGACAGUCUGCAGCCUCAUCAUCCCUCUCAGGGAGGUGACAAUUGUGGAGAAAGCCGACAGUUCUAGCGUUCUGCCCAGCCCGCUGUCAAUCAGCACCAAGAACCGAAUGACGUUUCUCUUCGCCAACCUCAAAGACCGGGACUUCCUGGUCCAGAGGAUCUCUGACUUCCUGCAGCAAACAACCUCAAAGAUCUAUUAUGAGCGAGAGCUCACGAGCAGCCUCAACAGCUCUGACGAUGAGGUGUACUCCCAGCAAGGCAGUGUCUUCUCCUGUAGUCCACAGCGGAGCAGUCUGGGCUCUGAGGGAGACGGCGAGCGUCAGUUCAACCUCAAUGACAACAGCGUUCCCACGGCAACACAAGCUCUCAUGACCAUGUACCGCCGCCGCUCGCCUGAGGAGUUUAACCCUAAACUGGCUAAAGAGUUUCUGAAGGAGCAGGCCUGGAGGAGUCAUUUUGCAGAGUAUGGUCAAGGUGUGUGUAUGUACCGCACAGAGAAAACCAAGGAGCUGGUGCUGAAAGGAAUCCCUGAGAGCAUGAGAGGGGAACUAUGGCUCCUCUUCUCCGGAGCGGUUAAUGAGAUGGUCACUCAUCCUGGCUACUAUGAGGAUCUGGUGGAGAAAUCCAUGGGUAAAUAUAAUGUGGCCACUGAGGAGAUAGAGAGAGAUCUCCACCGCUCGCUGCCAGAGCACCCAGCCUUUCAGAACGAGAUUGGCAUUGCCGCCCUGCGCCGGGUCCUCACCGCAUACGCUUUCCGCAACCCUGGCAUCGGCUACUGCCAGGCCAUGAACAUUGUGACCUCAGUACUCCUGCUGUAUGCUAAAGAGGAGGAGGCAUUCUGGCUGUUGGUGGCACUUUGUGAGAGAAUGCUGCCUGACUACUACAACACCAGGGUCGUAGGUGCGCUGGUGGAUCAGGGGGUGUUUGAGGAGCUGGUGAGGGAGCAUGUUCCUCUGCUGUAUGAGUGUAUGCAGGAGCUGGGUGUGAUCUCCACCAUCUCCCUGUCCUGGUUCCUCACGCUCUUCCUCAGCGUCAUGCCCUUUGAGAGUGCCGUGGUGGUGGUGGACUGUUUCUUCUACGAGGGCAUUAAAGUCAUCUUCCAGCUGGCGCUGUCCGUGCUCCACGCCAACAUCCACAAACUGCUCGCCUGCAAAGACGACGGCGAGGCCAUGACCGUCCUCGGCAGGUAUCUGGACAGUGUGACUAACAAGGACAGCACGCUGCCUCCGAUACCCCAUCUUCACUCUCUCCUGACAGAUGAUGGAGAACCCCACCCUGAGGUGGACAUCUUUAAGCUGGUACGAAGCUCCUACGAGAAAUUCGGCUCCAUUCGGGCAGAUGUUAUUGAACAGAUGCGCUUCAAACAGAGACUGAGAGUGAUUCAGACCAUCGAGGACACCACCAAACGCAAUGUGGUGCGGACCAUUGUCACAGAGACGCCCUUUAGCAUUGACGAGUUGGAGGAGCUUUACGUUCUGUUUAAGGCCGAACAUCUGACCAGCUGUUACUGGGGGGGUAACAGUAACCCCACAGAGCGCCACGACCCCAGCCUGCCCUAUCUGGAGCAGUACCGUAUCGACGCGGAGCAGUUUAAGGCUCUGUUUGCCCUGCUCUUUCCCUGGGCUGGAGGAACCCACACCGACACUCUGGCCCUGCGUCUGUUCCGCUUACUCGACAGCAACGCUGACGGACUCAUCAACUUCCACGAGUUUAUUACUGGCCUCAGUGUGCUUUGCCAUGGGGACCUGACAGAAAAACUCAAGCUGCUGUACAAGAUGCAUGUACUGCCUGAGCUGACCCGUGACCAAGAGGAACCAGACUCCGCCUUUGAGGCGACGCAGUACUUCUUUGAGGACAUCACGCCAGAGACAUCUCACGGCCUUGACCCCAAGUGUAAGGGCGAGAGGGAUGACGGAUUUGUCAGGGUCACCUUCAAAACAGAGAAAGUGAAGAAAAUACACACUCCAGACUGCCGUAACUACAUGCGUCUGUGGAACCAGGAGACCAGAUCCAAACUGGAGAAUAUGAAGGAUCUCCCCAAACUAAAUCAGGGUCAGUUUAUUGAGCUGUGUAAGACGCUUUAUAACAUGUUCAGUGAGGACCCUAAUGAACAGGAGCUGUACCACGCCACUGCCACCGUCACCAGUCUGCUGCUCGAGAUGGGAGAGGUGGGAAAACUAUUCUGCAGCCCCUCGAGUAAGGCCCAUGAAGAUGAGGAUGAGGAUGAAGAAGAGGAGGAGAGGGCUCCUGUGCCCGUGAGUAAGCGGCCGUUCGGCCUGUUCCGGCAGAGGAGCCAGGCGGAUGCCUUCCUUCCCAAUACAGAAGAGUCACGACCAAAGCUAUGUAGCACUGGGCCUCCUGGUGCAGUUGGAGGGGAGCAGCACUCUUCCUGCGGCACGGGGCCCAUGGAGGACAUCAAGCUGGAGGACUCGUCGCCCAAAGACACGGGCACAUCCACAGCCAUGCUUAUCUCUGACGACGAGACCAAGGAUGACACGUCCAUGUCCUCCUACUCAGUCCUUAGUGCCGGCUCCCACGAGCUGGACGAAAAGCUGCAUUGUGAGGACAUAGCUGAUGACACAGUGCUGGUUCGCAGCAAUGGGCCUCACUGCAGUGUCGGGCCCCACGGUGGAGUCAGGUCUCAUGGUGGUGGUGGUCUGCCCCACAGUGCCAGCAUUGACAAAGACUGGGCCAUCACGUUUGAACAGUUCUUGGCAUCUGUGCUGACGGAGCACGCCCUGGUUCAGUACUUUGAGAAGCCUGUGGAGAUGCCUGCACGCAUAACCAAUGCCAAGAAUGUACGCAAGGUGGGUCAUCCACACAUGUCAGUCAGCGACUAUGAGAUCUCAGUGUCUGGAUAA